UAUAUUUGCAGCGGCCGUUGUGCCGUGUGCAAGUCAAGAAUUCCCUUGAGAAUUGAGAUAGCCUUCCUUUUUUACACAUGCAGACAGUGGCGGGUAGAUGCUCUCACUGUGGCAGCUACGGCCCCGGCUCGAUAGCUUGCCGCGUCGCCACCGCAGAACAGGGAGAAAGUGAGGCCGCCGCAGGGCUGAGGCUCUUCGGGGUGCAGCUCCGUGCUGCUGCGGCAGGUGGCGCCGCUUUGCCGGCGUUGCAGCUGCAGAAGAGCUACAGCAUGGAUUGCCUGAACCCGCAGGGUUCUCCUGCUCCCCGUACUCUUGUCGCAGCCCCCCUGUUUUUGUCGACGUCGGCUUUGCUUUUGUCGAUCGAUGAGGGCUCCGAGAGGGCCGCCGAUGACGGCGCUCGCGGCGGCACGGCCUUACGGGAGAGGAAGAAAGGAGUUCCGUGGAGUGAGGAGGAGCACAGGUUGUUCUUGGUGGGGCUGGAGAAGCUCGGUAGGGGAGACUGGAGAGGCAUCUCCCGGGGCUUCGUCACCACGAGGACGCCCACGCAAGUCGCCAGCCACGCGCAGAAGUUCUUCCUGAGGCAGAACAGCGUCGGGAAGACGAACAGCAAGCGCCGGUCCAGCCUCUUUGACAUGCAGAAAAGUGGCCUGAAAUUCUGACUGUCUAAUUGCUUCGAUGGAAGGCGCAGAAUUGUGAGAGUGGAACAUCUGCUGUCUCAUAUCCUUCCAACUGCAAGGGCAGCUCCACCUUCUGGCGUUGACAGGAUGAGGCC